AUGGCCGAGUUACAAAAAAGUAUGGAAACUGGAAAACGAUUAAAGGUGAAAAAAAAUUUGUCAUUCGCCACUGAACCUGAAAGUGCUGCUGUAAAAAAAAAACGCUUAGCACAAGAGGAAAAACAGAAGGCCAAUUCAAAAAAAAAAAAAAUUGCUAAAGCUGCUAACGAGGUUAUUGAAGAAGAAGAUGGUCAUUUUCUGAAUUACGGGAAGAAACCUAGAUCGAAUAAUAUAAUAACCUCAGCUAAAGAUAAGAAUAAUAAUAAAAAUUCAAAUGAAACAAAUAAACACACUGGAGUUGCAAUUCUAGAGGAUGAUUUGCAGAAUACAGAAACUGGACGUGACAACGAUGCGGAAGAUUUUGAAAAUAAUACUAAUUAUCAGAUACUAUUCGAUGACACACUACCAGUCUCAGAAGACAGUGACUUGUUUGAGCCAAAUUAUUCUUCCACUCCACCUGAUUCAUCAAAUCAUCUGAUGUUACCUCUUAGCCAUGGUCAGAGUGACCAGGAUCAGAGUGACCAUGAUCAGAGUGACCAUGAUCAGAGUGACCAUGAUCAGAGUGACCAUGAUCAGAGUGACCAGGAUCAGAGUGACCAGGAUCAAAGUGACCAGGAUCAGAGUGACCAGGAUCAAAGCGACCAGGAUCAGAAUGACCAUAAUCAGAGCGGCCAUUAUCAAAGUGACCAUGAUCAAAGCAACCAUGAUCAGAGUAGCCAUGAUCAAAGCGACCGUAGUCAGAACAGUCAUAAUCAAAAUACCAAUAAUCAGCCCAGUAAUAAUCAGAACAGCCAUGAUGACGGCAGCCAUGGUCAGAGUAACCAUCGUGAUGAAGAAUCAAAUGAUGAUGUUAUGGAGGAAUUUUUCAAUAACUUGUGGCCAGAAGCAAGUUCAAGUUCUGGUAAUACUAAUAAUAAUAAUGACAAUCAAGUUUUAAACUUAAAUGUAACUCAACUGAAGCAGUGCUUCAAAGAGUUUGGAGGACAUAUGAUGGGAAAUAUUAUCAAAGUGUUGAAGAAAACGCAAAAUAAAAACGACGAAUAUGAAAUACCUCCAGUUAUCAAUAAUAAGAACUUCAAAAAAUUAUUGUUCUCAACUCUAAACAGAAGUAGUGUAUCAAAUAUUUCAAAUUACAGAAAUGGAUCUGAAAUGCUAUAA